AUGAGACCACGGUCACAGGCGCCACAAGCGAGCCCCGACUGUGGGACUGCGGCCGGCCGCGCUCCCCGUGACGCGGGCCGUGUCCCGCUGUCCCACUAUCCCCGUGACACGGGCUGUGUCCCACUAUCCCGACCCGUCCUGCUGCGCAGCGUUGUCGGCAGCAUCCAGGAGGGACGCGGAUUUGCAUUUCGGAGGAAACAAAAGAUUGAACGACAGUACAGGAAAUUAUUGAAGAAGAGAAAACAAGUGCAUUCACAACAGGAUGAUCAGUUUACUGAUACCUAUCCAGAGCACUUGAAGCAUCUUUACCUUGCAGAGGAAGAAAGGCUUAAGAAGCGGCGCAGGACUCCAGAUGAUUCGGUGUCAUCAGAAGAAAAGCUUAAUAAAGCAGCAGAGUCAGUUGUGACUCAUGAGAAGUUUAAAAAUAAAACUUCCAAUCAGAAGGCAAAAGAAGAGUAUGAGAAAAUAAAGGCUGAGCGUGCUAGAAAGAAAGAGGAAGCAGAAAAAAGAAAACAACAAAGAGAAGAAGCUCAACGUUUGUACAAGAAAAAGAAAAUGGAAGCUUAUAAAAUACUGAGUAAGAAGACCAAGAAAGGACAGCCAAAUCUAAAUUUACAAGUAGAAUUUCUUCUUCAGAAAAUACAGCAAAAUACAUAACCCCUGCAUAUAUUUAAGUUAGCUGUGGACAUUUUAUUAAAUUACUUACAAUAAUUUUUUUUUGCUUCCAUAUUACUUUUGUUAGUGCCUUUUUUUAUCUCAUUAGUCCAGUAAUGAUAUAUUCAUCCUGAAAAUACGUAUUCUAUGCUGAGAGUGAAAGGGAUCUUGUAGCUUGAAAACAAAUGGUCUGUAUUUCUAAACUUAAAUUCUGUUAGCUGUGUGACAUCUUGAAUUCAAAAUAAUAGGCUGUAGCACCGUCUGACCAUGAAUCUAAUACUUCCUGCCAUUGUGACUACUAAAAUUGCACUCACUUGGGAGGACUAAAAUGAUGCAUGUCAUCUAUUUGAUACCUCGAGAACUGCCUGUUCUAGGAGCGUGUUCUGUGUGCUCUUGGAUAGGUUUGGCACAUGAAAACAAAGUACAUAUACUGUACUAGCAUGGCUAUUAUUUGUCGUUCUCCACAAAGAAUAAAACUUGCCAAAGGUCCAAAAGUGGUUUGGAUGUAAAUAUCUUGGUAAAAUAAUUGUUGGUCUGUUUAUAAAGCUGCUUUGUAGCUUGUGAUGUGUGAAUUGCUCUACCUUUUGUGUAUAGCUUUGUCAUGAAAUUUGUUUUCUUCUGUGUAGCUUUCAAUUUAUAGCAAUUUGGAUCAAUAUUUUCAAUUCUGGAUUUGCCUUGAAGAGAGGUUAUUCCCACAUUUGUGUCUAUUUUAAUAUCUUGCCAUCAAUCCAGUUGAGAAAACACAAACAUUUGUCAGUUGAGAGACUGUAGUUGAGGUUCCCACUUUGUGGAUUAAAGGAAAAAAGACUGAGCUAAAAAUGUUUUAGAAAUUCAUUCAAUCCACACGCUCACGAGAAAAUGUGUGAGAUGGUUUUUGCUGGGGUAGAGUUAAUUGUCUUCACAGUGGCUUGUACAGGGCUGUAUUUUGGAUUUGUGCUGAACAAAGGGUUGAUAGUGGAAGUUUUUAUUAUUGCUGCGUAGGGUUUACACAGAGUCAAGGCCUUUUUUCCAUGCUGCCAUGCUGGCCUGGAGAUUGGGGGGUGCCUGGAAGACUGGGAGGAGACACAGCCAGGAGAGCUGACCCCAGCUGACCAAAGGAGUAUUGCCAUGUAGGGAAAGGUAUUCUGAGACCCAAAAAACUGAGUAAAUAUAGCAGUGAUUUCUCUCACCCUAAUUUUUUUUUUUUAGUUGAAGAAUAAUGAUUUACUACAAGAUAGGUUAUUUUUUUUUCAUUUUCUCCUUUUUUGCUCUUUUGCUCUCUUCCUUUUUUCUCUUCUUUCUGUGAUAGAAUGAAGUAUGAGGACCUGAACUGCCAAUGGCAGAUGGAAAGUACAUGAUCUACAGUUGCUGACAUGUCACUUGUAUCUAAAAGUCAAAUGCUGCCAUAAAGCUAGAAAUAAUUCUCAUAUUAAGUGCUUUAAAAAAUUAAAAUUAAUGUAAUAUGUUGUAUGUCUUCAGUCAGUGCUCAACCAAAUCAGUUACCAUUACUUAGAUUGCUUUAAGAAGACGCAGGUGGUGAAACAUAUGGGAGAAUGAUAAUGCUAGAUUAUGGAAAAAAAUUUUAUCAUUUAAUUGCUGAUACUCAUUUUAUUGUCCAGUUAAGUUAGAUCAAAUACAA